CUGUGCAGCCGAGGAGUGCACAGUACUGAGACUCGAGCUACAAUGUAAACACGUCCAUUCCAAGUCGGGGAGAAACAUACACAAAAACGACGUCUUGCUGUGGAGAAAACCGAGCAAUCUUUGGGAGUUGGAGACACGAAAACUCGCUGGUAAUGGCUUCAAACAUCGACCUGGUUACUUCGCUCAUUUGGAGGUGAUUUAGACAUAUACCAGUGUAGCAGAACUGUAGCUGGCCAGACGGUGUGUUGAUGUGCAUGGCUUGGGUAGAAUGGACCGUUUAAUGGCCACAAUGGGCCAUUUCGGCAAGAUGACAAAGGAACUUAUUAAUGACCUUCGGCUAUUACUUUUCAUAAGUUGUGUUUUAUACAUGAUCAACACAACGGAGGCGACUGCAUCAAGUUUACUGACAUAUUUACAGAAGUAUGAGUAUUUUGGACCAGACAUUGGCGAUCAAGUGCAUGACGAUACACAGUUGGAAAAGGCAAUCAGAGCACUACAAUACCAGUGCAAUUUAAACGUAACAGGAAUUGAGGACGAACAUAUCUUUGAAUGUAUUUCAAGAUCCCGCUGCGGGAAUACAGACAAAGUUCUACCAUUAACUCAUCGGAAAAAGGGUGGACGUAGGAAGCGUUACUACAUACCAUCUGAAGGUCUGGAUUGGUCAGCGCCAUCAACUCUUAUAACCUAUGACAUCAUCCGAUACACGGACGACCUUCCACCCACUGUGGUUGAGGAGGCCAUUCGUGAUGCGUUCGAGCUGUGGUCAAAUAGCACAAUACUCACGUUCCAAAGAAUACGAGGUGGAGAUGUUGACAUCGGUAUAUACUUCUACCCGUCGUUUGAAGAGCACGGGGAUAACCGGCCGUUUGACGGCCCAGGUAUGGUGCUGGCUCACGCCUUCUGGCCAUGGAGCGAGGAAGACACUGCGGAUGUACAUCUGGACGAGGGCGAAACGUGGACACACAAGUCUUACUCAGGGGCAAACCUUUGGCUUGUUGCAGCCCAUGAAAUCGGCCAUUCUUUAGGAUUGGGUCACAGUGUGGCGUUCGGCUCUCUCAUGUUCCCGUUUCACUUCGGAUACAAUCCCACGUACACCCUACACCAAGAUGACAUCGACGGUAUACAAAGCCUCUAUGGUGACGUUGAUGCGUCUGAGCCUGAAGAUGCGCCGGACCUGUGCCAGGUAACAAUGGAUGCCGUUAUGAUGGACGGACAUACAUACAUAUUCAAAGGUGAUUAUUACUGGAGAGUUUCGAAUGGUCAACAGGAGAAUGGAUACCCGCAGAGGAUCUCCAGCCGAUGGACAGGGCUAGAAGGUGACAUCGACGCUGCUAUCACCGUUAAAAAUAGUUUUGUUUGGGGUGAUCAGGUUCAAAAGACAUUUUUUUUCAAGGGUCGUCUGGUAUGGAGAUACACUCUGACGAAUUUAGACGUCGGUUUUCCAAAAGACAUCUCAGAAGUCUUUUCAGGUUUUCCUGCGGACGUCGCUCGGGUAAAAGGCGUCUUCGAAAUCAGUGGAAAUGGAGAGACUUAUUUCUUUUCAGAUAAUGGAUUCUACUUACUCAAUUGGCAAGGCGUCCAGGGUCCGUUUGGAAUCAACGUAUUUGCUGGUAUACCAACUAACAUAGUCAGCGCCAUGCAGUGGACAGACAACUAUAUAUACUUCUUCACUGACAACUUCUUGUACUUCCAGUCUAGCCCUUGGAGCUUCACCACCAGCCGAGGGUACCCGCGAUAUGCACAUAUUGACUGGCUAGGCUGCUCGGAAUGACACACCCAGUUUAUGAAAGACUUGUGAGGGCUGUGCUCUUCAGUAGUGUGUCUGCCUCAUUGUUUACCAGGGAAAUGACUCUGUUUUAGUCUCUGUAUGCGGAGACCAAUUAAUUUGUAGAUAAGUCUUGGACACAAUGUGUGUGAACCAACUACAUGUAAUAGUUUUAAGCUAUAGCUUUUGUACAAUUGUGACAUGGAUAUCAGUGCGCAAAGUUAUCUACCACAGAAUGGAGAGCACCCUCAAUUAUCAUGAGCCGAAUGGAUAAUGCUGUUGAGUUGGGUGAGUGUUUUCGAGAUUGAUCUUGUGUUGAUCACAGACCCAUAAUUUUUGUUUUCUCAGAAAAAAAGUAUCCAGUACUUAAAACACAUCGGUGUAAGGGUAGAAAAUAUGCUAUUUGUUCACGAUGCAAAAGUUUACAUUUUUAUGCAAACAAUCUUAACUCCAACUUUCAAUUUUAUUUUUAUUGUAAAUUAUCCGGAUCCGGAUACCUUUGGGGUCGGUUUGACCUGGAAUUCACUUUUGGGUCAGCCUGACUACAGUGUAAAUCCAUUGUUCUUUGAAUUGCGAGUAUGCUCAAACCUACAUAAACAAUGGAAAUUACCGCAGACUUCUUCCAAAGAAGUCGGUUCAGGGUUAUCGAUUCUGAGCUAGACAUGUUGUGCUUUGUUCAAAUAUUAUUUUGGAAGCUCCUUGUCUUGGAAUUGUUGGAUGGAAAUCAGAGGUACAUUUUACCGGUUGAUCUAUGCAUGUCUGAAUUGUGUUCUGGAUCGAUGCUGCAUGUGAUAAGAUUCCCAAGUGCUUUGUGUCCCCCAAAGGGUAGUUAUGUCAUUCUUAGUGCAAUGAAUACAAAAUAAGUCUGUAAAUUUUAUUUUAUUUUAUUUUAUUUGAAUAACUGGAAAAAUAAUAUACGAAAUAAAUAAUUAUUGUAAUAAGGUUGUUGAGCAAUUAACAACUUUGAAUGAGAGAGGCAAUUGAUGUUAACAUAAUACUGGGAGAAAUAUUAUUAGUAAUUAAAGUACCUCCUGAUGAGAGUUUAACAUUGUUGGUCACAAUUUCAUCAAGGUUUUGACGAGAGAGGGCAGUUUAAUCUUUAACAGACAUAAUUGAACGUAAACAACGAACUAUUUGUUCGUACAACAGAUUAUAGAAAUUCGUUAGAACGAAACUAACGAAAUUCGUAAAAUCAAAUUACCAAAUUCGUUAGAACAGUAAUAUUGUAAUAACAAAGUCCGGUCUCGUUGAAAACGUGGCACGAUGGUGCUUUCUUAGGUUUACAGUGUACAUGCUUAACGGUGGCAAUACACACCAAAAUAUUAAGUAGUAUUUUUACGGCUUAAUAAUUAUGCUCACUUUUUCUUGGAUAGAAUAUUAUUUUAGCAAAUCAAUGCACUAAGUCUUUAUUUUUUUAAGAACAUGAUAAUAUUAUUGUAUUGAUAUUAUCGGAUUUAACGAUUAGUUUUAAUUUUGUUAAAAUAGAGACGUAUGUAUACCAGUUGCCGUUCGAGUUUUUAUAAUUUUUUUGUUCAGUUCAGUGCUGCGAUCCAAUACGAUUGCAGGGGUUGUACAUCAUUAACUGUUAAUAAAAGAGUAAAAUUAAAGUAUUUUUUGGUGUAAGCCUA